GCGACGGCGCUGCUCGUCCUGGCGGCGGCGGCCGCGGCCGUGUCCGGGCUCCAGGCGAUCAACGUGACGACGAUGGCGUUCGAGGAGGGGUACGCGCCGCUGUUCGGGCAGGACAACAUCCUCCGCUCCGCCGACGACCGCACCGUCAGCCUCCUGCUCGACCGCUCCACCGGGUCUGGCUUCAUCUCGUCGUCCAUGUACCAGCACGGCUUCUUCAGCGCGUCCAUCAAGCUCCCCUCUGAUUACACCGCCGGCGUCGUCGUCGCCUUCUACACGUCCAACGGCGACGUGUUCGAGAAGCGCCACGACGAGCUGGACUUCGAGUUCCUGGGCAACAUCCGGGGCAAGCCGUGGCGCGUGCAGACCAACCUGUACGGCAACGGCAGCGUGAGCCGCGGGCGGGAGGAGCGCUAUGUGCUCCCCUUCGACCCCACCACCGAGUUCCACCGCUACUCCAUCCUGUGGACCGCCGCCGCCGUCGCCUUCUACGUCGACGACGUCCCGGUCCGCGAGGUUCGCCGCUCGGCCGCCAUGGGCGGCGACUUCCCCUCCAAGCCCAUGUCGCUGUACGCCACCGUCUGGGAUGCCUCCACCUGGGCCACCUCCGGCGGCCGCUACCGUGUCAACUACCGCUACGGGCCCUUCGUCGCCUCCUUCACCGACCUCGCCCUCCUCGGCUGCCGCGCCGACGACGACCCCAUCCGGAUGGUGGCCGGCGGCGGGCCGCGGCGGGGUUGCGCCGCCGCCGAGGCGGCCCUGCGCGCGUCGGACCUGGCCGUCAUGACCGUGGAGAAGCAGCAGGCCAUGCGCCGGUUCCGGGAGCAGAACAUGGUCUACUCCUACUGCUACGACACGUGGCGCUACCCCGUGGCGCCGCCGGAGUGCGACGUCGUGGAGUCAGAGCGGAGGCGAUUCAAGGACAGCGGCCACCUCCGGUUCGCGCUGCGGCGCCGGGGACCGCGCCGCUCCAGGGGCGGUGGCGCAGGGCGGGCGGCGGCGGCCAGAGCAGCGGCUUCCAGGGCCGCCGUGGACCUCGCCGCUGCCGCCAAGAAGCAAGCGGCGGACAUGUAG